AUGAACGCUCAAGUCUCAUUCCUUGAAGGCACUUAUACCCUCAUCCACAUCCCCCUCGACCUCUACCCAACUCUCCUGCAACCUCUCCUGCGCAUUCUCCUACCACAAACCCAGAGCCUCAACUUCACUCGCGAUUCGAGAGAAUACGAGCUCGAAGGCCUUACUACAGACUACCAACAUGGCUUCCUCAACAUUAGCAUCACUCCAAUCGAGUGCUCCGUCGUCUGUCACAGCUCAUGGGCCAAGAACGUCUUUGAGCCUGCCCUCAACGCUCUGCCGAAACCCCUAAAAAACACCGUCAAACUCUACAAAGACACAUACAUGAUCCUCGCCGUAACAAGUGCUGGCUUGGAUCCCGGCGGCCGUGUCAUGGAGCUCAGCUCACCGCUGGCCUUCGCGGGCAUUCCCAUCUUCUUCAUCACCACGUAUUAUUCCGACUUCAUCCUUGUCCCCACCAAGGAGAAGCAAAAGGUCGUGCAGGCCCUGUUAGCAAAGGGAUUCGAGCUCUCAGAGAACCAGUCCAACUUUGUCAACCCGUCCAUGUACGCCCCCAACAGCUCAGACACCGACCUGUCUCAGAAACCACCCAGCACCCCACCCCCUUCCAACGAUGACGAGCUUCAAGCACGGACCUUUAAGCUCCUCUUGAAGCACGAUGUAAAAGCCCGCGUUGAGCCGGACCUGGAGCUCGUCCAGUGCUCCGGCCGCGAAAUAUCGCCCCUCACCAACGCUUACGGCCAUCGGCCGUCCAUGAGCCGAAAGAGCUCGACAGACUACCGUCGCUCUUGGAUAAGCCAUCCUAGAUUCUUGUCUCUCACCCUUGCCCAAGAUGAUCCCCCGUCUCUACUGCUUGACAAAGCCCUGCUGCCGAAUUUUGAUGACUCAUUAGUGGGUGAUACCGAGGGCGUCUUGAUCCCCAUCUUCCUCGAUCUAGGCGGCCUAUCAUCCGAGUCCACUGGUAUUGUUUGCGGCGUUGCAGGGCGACUGGUCAAGGGCACAGACAUGGCUGAGAGUUCAGAGCUGUCCUAUCUCUCCACUUCUCGUGCCGGCACUGUCAUCUUAUCAAGAGUGCAGUCGAUACGAGCAUUGGAGAUUCUGAAUCCAUUGCUCACCAAGGGGUCAUAA